AUGAGUCCCUUAGAUUUUGUUGAAUUUAGAAAUUUUUUAACUUCCGCGUCGGGCUUCCAAAGUCUCCAAUUUCGUUUACUCGAAAAUAAAUUGGGAAUUUUGAAUAAAAAUCGUGUCUCAUACAAUUAUCAACAUUAUAAAGAAGUUUUUGUUAAAAACGAUCAAGAAAAUGAUAAAAUUAUACAAUCUGAGAGAGAACCUUCGUUGUUUAUACUUAUUGAUCGCUGGUUAUCCCGAACACCUGGAAUUUAUGAGGAAGAAUUUGACGAGGAUACGGAUGAAACAACUGAUUCUAGAGAGGAUAAACCAUCUUCUAAUGAUACUGCUGUUUCCCAAUACCUUUCAUUUAUGCUGGAGGAGGUAAACAACCCAAAUCAGACAAAAGAGGAGCGUGAGCUUCGCUGGGAUGAAUAUGUUAAAAUUAGACGAAGUUUUCAGACUAUUACUAAUGAAAACGAUUAUAAUACUUUUGUAGAGAAAGGUGAACGACGUCUUAGCCACAACGCACUAAAAGGUGCAUUGAUGAUCUACUUCUAUAGGGAUAUGCCACGAUUCUCUCAACCAUACCAAAUCCUCUUUCAUUUGAUGGAUAUAGACUCUUUAUUACAAAAGUGGCGAUAUAAUCAUUUGAUGCUAGUUCAACGAAUGUUGGGAAGCAAAAUUGGAACGGGAGGAAGUAGUGGAUAUAUGUAUUUACGCUCAACAGUCAGCGAUCGCUACAAGGUCUUUCUUGAUCUAUUCAAUCUAAGUACUUGGCUGAUACCGAGAAACUACAUUCCUAAACUUUCCCCUAAAAUGAUGAGGACACUUUCGGGAAGUUGA